AUGCCUCUCGCACAACAAACCUCCGCCUCCCAAACACCACUCAUAUCCCCCGCCGAACUAUCCUACCUCUACAACUCUCUCUCCUCCCCCUCUGGCGCCAUCCGCCCCGACGGCCGCUCACCAACACAGUUCCGCUUCCUAACCGCCGAAACGGGUAUAUUACCAGGCACAAUUGGGAGUGCAAGGAUCGGAUUUGCGGAUGGGUCCGAAGCAAUUGUUGGUGUGAAAGCGGAAUUGGAAAGGACGCUUGCGACGGAUGCGUUGGAUUUGAGGCAGUUGCAGGAAUUGGAGCAGGGUGUUAGCAAUGAUUAUGGGGAUGAGGAUGAAGAAGGUGGUGGUGGUGGUGCUGGGGCCGGAGUGGUCCAAGGACAGAGUGAAUGGGUGCAGAUGUCUAUUGAGAUUCCCGGGUUUAGGGAUGAUGAUGCUUUGCCUGUGUUUUUGUCGGAGAUGAUGAGGGAGUCUCUAGUGGGUUCUUCUGGUGUAGGUGGUAAUGAUGAUGAUAAGAUGGUUGGUGGGUUAAAAGGUCGACUGGUUAUUAAUCGGCGAUGGCAUUGGAGGCUUUAUAUUGACGUUCUGUUAUUAUCACCACCACAAUCAUACCCCCUCCCACUCCUCUCAUUAACGACACAUCUAGCCUUACUAUCCACGCGGUUACCAAAACUCAAAUCGCAGGGUGAAGAAGAUCCUUUCUUUGAAGACGACUGGAAUCUUUCAGAGUAUAUCUACCCACGACCGUCAACCACACAAAAUUCAAACCAACGUCAAGCUCGCCCGCCAGUUACACUUCUUGUAAUAUCCACCGGACAAAACGUCAUCUUUGAUCCAACCAGAGAAGAAAUUGCAGUCGCUGAUGCCGUGCUCGCCGUCUCAAUUGGUCGUGAACAAGACAUUGACAACACAGAUGCGAAUUUGAAACUCCUUUCUAUUCGCACUAUUGAUCCUCCUUCGAGGUUGACGCAGCAUGGUGUCCCGGACUCAGAGAAUGCAGCUACUUUGAGUGCGCUUACCACCGGUACAGCAGCAGUAGCAGGUACUCAUGCAGAGACUAGAUUUGUGGGUACCGAUGAGGAAGUUCCUGGUGUAUGGAAGCCUAGAAGAGGUGGUGUAUCGCGCAGUGUGAUAUCGAAGAUUGUCAAGAUGGUGUUGGCGAAGGGUGGUGUUGGUGAUGAAGUUAUGGGGGGUUUGGAGAGUGUUGAGGUGAGCUGA